GACGCAGCUCAAGAAGAAGCUCUUCCUCCAGAAACACAGCUGGACUCUGCUGGAGCUCCUGGGACCAUUUAAACUGAAAUAAUAAAGGAUUAAUUGAUUUUUUUAUUCUAAUCCCCACAGAGGUCGUCCUCCGUCGCCACAAUGAGUUGGGGGGCGCUCUACGCCCAGCUGGGCGGCGUCAACAAACACUCCACCAGUCUGGGAAAGAUCUGGCUCUCUGUCCUUUUCAUCUUCCGCAUCACCAUCCUGGUCCUGGCCGCCGAGAGCGUCUGGGGUGACGAGCAGUCGGACUUCACCUGCAACACGCAGCAGCCCGGCUGCAAGAACGUCUGCUACGACCACUUCUUCCCCGUGUCGCACAUCCGCCUGUGGUGCCUGCAGCUGAUCUUCGUGUCCACGCCGGCCCUGCUGGUGGCCAUGCACGUGGCCUACAGGAACCGCGGGGACAAGAGGACCAUGCUGUCCUCCAACGGCAUCGAGAAGGUGACGGCGGGCGACCUGGAGACGCUGAAGAAGAGGCGCCUGCCCAUCACGGGCCCGCUGUGGUGGACCUACACCUGCAGCCUGUUCUUCCGCCUCAUCUUCGAGGGCGGCUUCAUGUACGCGCUCUACUUCAUCUACGACGGCUUCCAGAUGCCGCGGCUGGUGAAGUGCGAGCAGUGGCCCUGCCCCAACAAGGUGGACUGCUUCAUCUCACGGCCCACGGAGAAGACCAUCUUCACCAUCUUCAUGGUGUCGUCGUCAACGCUCUGCAUGGUGCUGAACGUGGCCGAGCUGGGCUACCUCAUCGCCAAGGCGCUGAUGAGGUGCUCGGCCCGGGCGAAGAGGAAACAAUCGUACGCCCACACGGACAGCACCAUGCAGGACAAAAGCCAUCUGCAGAACGUGAAGAACGAGCUGCUGCUGUCCACGCCCUCGCAUUCGACCAGCAAGAUGUGCUGAAGGACAGACAGAAACCAUAGAAGAGGAGAAGCCUGAACUGUAAAUCUAGAGCACCCUCCCGCGUGUCAUCAUCACACUAUGUGUUUAGUAAUUAGACUCUUAAUGUAAACAUCCACCAGAACAUUUUAGUUCAAGCUUGUUUGUUCAGAUCAAGAGUUGUGUCGUGUGAAGUUGACAGAGUCGGCCCGAGGCGAAGGUGGUGCAGGCAAACACUGAGGGCGCUGUCCAUCCAACUGGCGCCCAAAAAUGAGGUGAAGAAAAAAUAAUUUAGAGAUGUUAUUAUUGAAAAACAAGCCCUCAACAACAUCAACCUCGCUGGACCCUGUCACUUUCUAAAGCACUUGAUAACGGUCGCAGUCAGCGGGUUAACGUUGAGAAUUCAAAACAUAAUUAAUUAAUUAAAAUUUAGGCAACAAAACCCCUUUUAUGGGUUUAGGAAAAAAACAUCAUGGUUUUGUUCAAAUAAGUACGUAAACAACGUAACGCUAGGACGGAAAAAACACGUCACAAACGACAUUUACGUAAAUUUGGGACACGAAAAACGGUCUCCUGGGUGAAAGUCCCUCUUUUUCGCCCUUAAUGCUUCAUAGUUGCAAUCUCAGAGCGUUUUCUCUGAGCGUCUAAUAAUGAAACUGAUGGAUUCACGUUGUAGUUACUUGAAAGCUCGGUACUUCUUAUAGAAACGCUAAAGGGCGACUUGUGCGUCGGUAUCAGACGUCGAGGGUUCGGUGCUUCCCCCUGACAGUCCUUCACACACUGGGGGCGUUUUCUUGCUUGCUUGCAAGUCAAUAUAUCAUCGAGUGUUUUGUCAAGAGUAAUUUUCGCUUACAACGUGAAUAUAACGCUGCAAAAAAGCAACUUUAUGUUUUGUUUUUUUCAGAUAGACAGAGACAUUUUUCUGAGCCUUCUGCACCGCAAAAUAAAUCAACCAAUCACGUUGUGAAGAACGCGUAGAGUUGCACUAAUAUUUAAUAAAUAACAACAUGGAUGCCUGAACUGACAACUUAAUUACUCCUUUCAACUUUGACAAAGGCGUCACAGACCAGACCUUUCACAAUAAAAGCCCUAGACAGAAUAAUUGUAACCUUAAAUUCAUUAAAGAAAGUUGGAUAAACUUCAAAAGUUAACACAAUAUUGAGAAAUACAGUUUUUCCUCAGAGACAUAAAGCCAAAAUCUUGUCUUGGUAACCAAAUUAGAAAAUUAAAACAGCUUCUGAAGCAGAUUUUGAGACCUCAAGAAAAUAAAUUACCAUAAAAGAGGUUAGUACAUUAAAGAGCCGGUUUCAGUUAACAUUUUUUUAUACAAAAUAAUAUCUCUGCAUCUGUGGAUCUUUAACAUUGUCAGAAGUAUCAUCUCACUUUUCCACACAGUGGAAGGUCGACAGCGUUUGAGAGUUUUUAUAUAUUUAUUGUUGACAGUCUGAAGUUGCUUGAAUGUUUUGAAAACAGAGAAGAAUGACAUCACUGACAUCUAGUGGUUCUAAGAGGAACCUCGGAGAGCACAAAAGGCCUUCCUCAGAGGCUGAAGGAUAUAUCUGGUGAUGAAGAACAGGAAAGAGAACAAAUGAAGUAAAAAAGAAAAAAAACAAGUGCCUUUAUGAUUAUGUUUUUAGUGUCUAGUUUACUAGACGUUACAUUUUAAAUACGUGUUUUUUACAGUAAUUAAUAAACGCAGAGUUUUUAUGAUCCUGAUGUAUUGAAUCAAGUGACUGUGCCUUGAAGUUUGAAAAUUCAGAUUGUUGAAUAUGUUUUCUAUAAAUAAUGCUUUAUUUUGGUGGGUUUGUAAUCACCAAGAAGUGUGUUGCACAACAUGAGAUUAUGCUGAUAAAGACUUUAACAUAAUACGAUGAAAUCUUACACCACAACACAAAGAGAUUUAACAGCUGUUCAAUCAAAUCUGAAUGUCUUUCACUUGAACAGAAAGUGUUUCUGUAUUUAAAUCAGAUGAGAAUGUUUUGCAUAUUUUCACACCUGCACAACAGGUGAUAAAAAAAGAAUAUGGACAAAUAUGUGCGUCUGGACUGGACAAGAUGUUUUUAUUCUGCAGUCAGCGAGUGAUAGAAAACUUACCCAAGUUAUUUUGUUUUAUCUGAUAUGUACAAUCUCAGAAGUAUUAGAAUUUAUAGAAUGACUUUUAUGCACAAGGACCAGAUGCACAGUGAAAAGUUCAUAAAGGUGCAGAAGAGAAUUUUUAUAGAAACAUUUAAAUACAUCCACAAAAAAAAAACUACAGGUGUGAAAGAACAUAUUGAGCUGGAUAUCAAAGUCAAAAAUAUUUCGGUCAAGAUGCUUUUUUUAUAAGAUACUAAAUCUGUCUGAGUCCUUGUGUUUUCCAGAUAUUAAUCAAUUAAUAUUUCACUACAUAUUUUGGGAUUUGACAAAGAGUUUUUUUUCAUAAAGCAGGAUUAUCAAGUUAAACAACUUUAACAAGUUUUAAGGGAUGCUCCAAAUUGUCUUUAUUGUUAACAGUACCAGUCAAAAGUUUGGACACACCUUCUCAUUCAAUGGUUUUUCUUUAUUUUUAUUUUUAUUUUUUUCUACAUUGUAGAUUAAUAUUGAAGACAUCCAAACUAUGAAGGAACACAUAUGGAAUUAUGUGGUAAACAAACAAAUGCUCAACAAACCAGAAUAUGUUUUAUAUUUUAGAUUCUUCAAAGUAGUUGAAUGAGAAGGUGUGUCCAGACUUUUGACUGGUACUGUAGUAAUAAUAAUAAUAAUAAUAAUAAUAAUAAUAAUAAUAAUAAUAAUAAUAAUAAUAAAACAAUUAUAAUAACACAUAUAAUUAUAAUAAUAAUAAUAUUGUUAAAUUGGUAUAAUUAUUAUUAUAACUAUUAUUUUAUUAUUACUUAUAUUAUUAUUAUUAUCAUUAUUACAAUUAUUGGCUAAACUGUCACCCCAAUAUUUAAGUCAAGGCACUUAAUCUUGCUUUAUUAUUUUAUUAUUAUUUUUAUUAUUUUGUUUCAAUAUAUAUUGUAAUUUUAUUUUUAUUGUUUUUAAUUAUUAUUAUUAUUAUUAUUAUUAUUAUUAUAAUUAUGAUUAUUAUUGAUACUUUUUAUCAUUAUGAUUAUUAUAAAUAUCCUCAUUAUCAUUAUUUUAUUGGCCUUAUUGUAAACCCAAUAUUAAAGUCAAGGCUCUUAAUCCUGCUCUAUGAAAACCCCGUCCAGAAGCGGUCCUGCUCAGUCCAGAGGCCCGGUAGUCCUCCUGUUAUUUGGACUUGUGUUGUCUCUGCAGUGUGAAUCCCCCCCCAGCCUUCUGUAUCAGCUUUCAGCAUGGGCCUUAUUUUAGCCACCACACUGCGGGAACCUGGGGGGUCGAUGUCUUUGUCCUCGUUCCCGUCCAGGAAUAGACUGAGAUGGAUUAGUCACAUCUGUGCUGUUAAAAAUAAAAUAAAUCACCUUAUAGAUCAGAAACUUCAUAGUGAAAGAUAGUGACGUUACAUCAUUAAAGAUGGAAGUCUGACUUUGUUUAAGUGGGUGAGAAAGGUUUUGUCCAAAUAUCUAAGAAAUGCCAAGUCAUACAACGUCACAGACAAAGAACUCUGGAUGCAGAAGCUGUUUCUGCUCUGCUUUGACCUUUGACCUCCUGCUUUCUGUAACAGCCAAAUGACAGCUUGUGAUAGCUGAUCACUCCAGUCCUGAGAUUUUAACGUGUUUCUAGUAAAAUGUUUUUUUUCUAUCUGCUCUAACAAACUAAUGAGAAAUGAAGAUAUUAAAUUGUAAAUGUAUUUUAUACACAAGAUGUUUUUUUAAUCAAUCGCACUUUGAUCCUAGCAGUUUUUUCCUCUGUGAGACUUUUUGUUUCAUAAAUCAUUAAAAAGAAUAAUAAAUAGUU